UCUAGUUCAGAGUGGGAAGAUACAAGCAACAGUAGUAAUUCAAUUGAAACAGUUUCACAAAUAGUUAAUGAGAAAAAUAAAAGUAACAAUUGCAGUGAACGUGAAUGGUCUUUUGAUCAUUCAAUCACGAAUAUGACAAAUUCUUCCUCUGGCAGUUUUCAUGUGGAAACAAUAAAUAAUCCGGCUAAUAAUAAAAUCUUGCAUGAUGAGCUCCCUGAAGAGCCUAUUUUAGAUGAGAGUUUGUACUCCAGAAUAAUAAAAUGGAUCAUUAACAAUAUUGACAAGUUACCUAUGACAACAGUGUACGAACUUUUGGAAAUAUUAAUCAAAGAGGGAUAUAAAAUGUUUCCACCAAAAGCACAUGUUCUUUUAGGCUAUAAACAUUCUAUAAAUUCACAACCUGUACUGACUAAAAAUAAUACCUUUGGGCAGUAUUUGUAUUUAGGAAUUGUAAAUGGCUUGGAAAAGCGAAUUAAUCCGGAAAUAUUUAAAGAAGAAUGCAUAAAAAUUGUUGUUUUUAUUGAUGGCAUGAAAAUAUAUAAGAGUACAAAAGGCCAACUAUGGCAUAUUGUAGUACAACUAUAUGACAAGAAAUAUGAAUCAUCUCCAUUUGUUGCAGGAUUGUUUUAUGGAGAUGCUAAGUCCAGUGAUGUUGACAGUAUUCUCAAUGACUUUGUGAAUGAACUUAAAUUAUUGAUCAACAAU